AUGCAGGCAAACUUAUCCCCAUUGGACACUUUCAUCAUGGCGUUUUCAAUACCAAUUGCUCAUGCUAUCUCCAUCUACCAGCUGGCUCAUUCGCUGCAGCCACUAAAGGGCGUGAGAAGCACAGAAUUAAUCAACGUUACAGCAGCAUGUUAUGUAGUCACGGCCAAACCUUAUGCUUGCCAGCCUCCGACUCCGGCCAAAUCAAAACCGUAG